AAGGACCCUUCCAACCCAACCUAUUUAGAAUUCUCUGGUUCCAUGACCUUUCAGGACCCUUCCAACCCAACCUAUUUAGAAUUCUCUGGUUCCAUGACCUUUCAGGACCCUUCCAACCCAACCCAUUUAGAAUUCUCUGGUUCCAUGACCUUGAAGGACCCUUCCAACCCAACCCGUUUAGAAUUCUCUGGUUCCAUCACCUUUAAGCACCCUUCCAACUGUGAGAAUGCUUCUUAGUCUUUUUUGGCUCAAAGCUUGCUUCCUGAGGUAUUUCUUAUGAUAAGACUCUGAGUGACUUGUCAAGGAGGCAAGUGAUGAGUGCUAACUGUGUGACAAUCGCUUUGGGAACAUUUGAAAGCCCCUUCCCCCCCAGAGCUGCUUGCUCUGGAGAAGAGCGGAAGACAGUGCUCAGCAGUGUUCACUGGCGGAACAUCUGGCCUGUGGCCAAACCGCUCCAGCUUGGUAUGGCAGGCUGGAGGAUGAUACCAUUGUAUCUUGCGAAGGCAAGAUGCAAGUUGGUGCCUCCCUGCUUCCUCUUAUCUGCUGGCAAGGCCAGAAAGAUAAGAACAAAGCAGGUUCCUGCUGAGAUCCCAGAGCCAGAAGCUGCCACCGCAAGGAGAACUGACUCAACCGCCUUGGCUUUGAGCUGUCACUCAAAGGAGAGCUGACUCAACCACUUUGAAGCAUUGAAAAAGGGCCAUCAUCACCAUGGUCGUUGUCGUCGUCCUUCGUCGUCAAUAGAACAACAAUGCCAGACGACCCACCACUACUGAAGAUCAAAGACUGAACUACGAACCUCGCUGGAUCCAUGCUGGUGACUAUGUCCCUCUUGCUUCCUAUAAAGACGCCUUGCCACUUCUUUCCUAUCUUAUCUAUCGCCCUCCUUCCUUUCCCCAGAACCCUAAUUCAUAAAAGUGUCCGCCCUCCUCUUCCCCAUUUCCCUGAUUAAGAUUUGUAAUAAACUGGUCGGACCAACAUUUGAAUCGUUGCUUCUUAAUCUCACGCUGGGUAUAUAGAUAAAAAAAGAACAUCCUCUCCCUCCUAUAAACUGAAGCGAGACACCAACCCAAUCCAUUUAGAAUUCUCUAGUUCUACGACCUUGAAGGACCCUUCCAACCCAACCCAUUUAGAAUUCUCUGGUUCCAUGACCUUGAAGGACCCUUCCAACCCAACCCAUUUAGAAUUCUCUGGUUCCAUGACCUUGAAGGACCCUUCCAACCCAACCCAUUUAGAAUUCUCAGGUUCCAUGACCUUGAAGGACCCUUCCAACCCAACCCAUUCUAGAAUUCUCUGGUUCCAUGAACUUUAAUGUCCCUUCCAACCGAAUCCAUUCUAGAAUUCUCUGGUUCCAUGACCUUUAAGGACCCUACCAUUCCAACCCAUUCUAGAAUUCUCUGGUUCCAUGACCUUUAAUGUCCCUUCCAACCCAACCCAUUUAGAAUUCUCUGGUUCUACGACCUUUAAGGACCCUUCCAACCCAACCCAACCCAUUUAGAAUUCUCUGGUUCUACGACCUUGAAGGACCUUUCCAUUCCAACCCAUUUAGAAUUCUCUGGUUCCAUGACCUUGAAGGACACUUCCAACCCAAUCCAUUUAGAAUUCUCUGGUUCCAUGACCUUCAAGGACCCUUCCAACCCAACCCAUUUAGAAUUCUCUGGUUCCACGACCUUGAAGGACCUUUCCAAUCCAACCCAUUUAGAAUUCUCUGGUUCUACGACCUUGAAGGACCCUUCCAACACAACCCAUUUAGAAUUCUCUGGUUCUACGACCUUUAAGGACCCUUCCAACACAACCCAUUUAGAAUUCUCUGGUUCUACCAUCUUUAAGGACCUUUCCAUUCCAACCCAUUUAGAAUUCUCUGGUUCCAUGACCUUUCAGGACCCUUCCAACCCAACCUAUUUAGAAUUCUCUGGUUCCAUGACCUUCAAAGACCCUUCCAACCCAACCCAUUUAGAAUUCUCUGGUUCCACGACCUUGAAGGACCCUUCCAACCCAACCCAUUUAGAAUUCUCUGGUUCCAUGACCUUUAAGGACACUUCCAAUAAAAUCCAUUUAGAAUUCUCUGGUUCCACGACCUUGAAGGACCUUUCCAAUCCAACCCACUUAGAAUUCUCUGGUUCUACGACCUUCAAGGACCCUUCCAACCCAACCCAUUUAGAAUUCUCUGGUUCUACGACCUUUAAGGACCCUUCCAACCCAACCUAUUUAGAAUUCUCUGGUUCCAUGACCUUUCAGGACCCUUCCAACCCAACCCAUUUAGAAUUCUCUGGUUCUACGACCUUGAAGGACCCUUUCAACCCAACCCAUUUAGAAUUCUCUGGUUCUACGACCUUUAAGGACCCUUCCAACACAACCCAUUUAGAAUUCUCUGGUUCUACCAACUUUAAGGACCCUUCCAACCCAACCUAUUUAGAAUUCUCUGGUUCCAUGACCUUUCAGGACCCUUCCAACCCAACCUAUUUAGAAUUCUCUGGUUCCAUGACCUUUCAGGACCCUUCCAACCCAACCCAUUUAGAAUUCUCUGGUUCCAUGACCUUGAAGGAAACUUCCAACCCAACCCGUUUAAAAUUCUCUGGUUCCAUCACCUUUAAGCACCCUUCCAACUGUGAGAAUGCUUCUUAGUCUUUUUUGGCUCAAAGCUUGCUUCCUGAGGUAUUUCUUAUGAUAAGACUCUGUGAGACUUGUCAAGGAGGCAAGUGAUGAGUGCUAACUGUGUGACAAUCGCUUUGGGAUCAUUUGAAAGCCCCUUCCCCCCCCAGAGCUGCUUGCUCUGGAGAAGAGCGGAAGACAGUGCUCAGCAGUGUUCACUGGCGGAACAUCUGGCCUGUGGCCAAACCGCUCCAGCUUGGUAUGGCAGGCUGGAGGAUGAUACCAUUGUAUCUUGCGAAGGCAAGAUGCAAGUUGGAGCCUCCCUGCUUCCUCUUAUCUGCUGGCAAGGCCAGAAAGAUAAGAACAAAGCAGGUUCCUGCUGAGAUCCCAGAGCCAGAAGCUGCCACCGCAAGGAGAACUGACUCAACCGCCUUGGCUUUGAGCUGUCACUCAAAGGAGAGCUGACUCAACCACUUUGAAGCAUUGAAAAAGGGCCAUCAUCACCAUGGUCGUUGUCGUCGUCCUUCGUCGUCAAUAGAACAACAAUGCCAGACGACCCACCACUACUGAAGAUCAAAGACUGAACUACGAACCUCGCUGGAUCCAUGCUGGUGACUAUGUCCCUCUUGCUUCCUAUAAAGACGCCUUGCCACUUCUUUCCUAUCUUUUCUAUCGCCCUCCUUCCUUUCCCCAGAACCCUAAUUCAUAAAAGUGUCCGCCCUCCUCUUCCCCAUUUCCCUGAUUAAGAUUUGUAAUAAACUGGUCGGACCAACAUUUGAAUCGUUGCUUCUUAAUCUCACGCUGGGUAUAUAGAUAAAAAAAGAACAUCCUCACCCUCCUAUAAACUGAAGCGAGACACCAACCCAAUCCAUUUAGAAUUCUCUAGUUCUACGACCUUGAAGGACCCUUCCAACCCAACCCAUUUAGAAUUCUCUGGUUCCAUGACCUUGAAGGACCCUUCCAACCCAACCCAUUUAGAAUUCUCAGGUUCCAUCACCUUGAAGGACCCUUCCAACCCAACCCAUUCUAGAAUUCUCUGGUUCCAUAAACUUUAAUGUCCCUUCCAACCGAAUCCAUUCUAGAAUUCUCUGGUUCCAUGACCUUUAAGGAUCCUACCAUUCCAACCCAUUCUAGAAUUCUCUGGUUCCAUGACCUUUAAUGUCCCUUCCAACCCAACCCAUUUAGAAUUCUCUGGUUCUACGACCUUUAAGGACCCUUCCAACCCAACCCAACCCAUUUAGAAUUCUCUGGUUCUACUACCUUGAAGGACCUUUCCAUUCCAACCCAUUUAGAAUUCUCUGGUUCCAUGACCUUGAAGGACACUUCAAACCCAAUCCAUUUAGAAUUCUCUGGUUCCAUGACCUUCAAGGACCCUUCCAACCCAACCCAUUUAGAAUUCUCUGGUUCUACGACCUUCAAGGACCCUUCCAACCCAACCCAUUUAGAAUUCUCUGGUUCUACGACCUUUAAGGACCCUUCCAAACAAACCCAUUUAGAAUUCUCUGGUUCCACGACCUUGAAGGACCUUUCCAAUCCAACCCAUUUAGAAUUCUCUGGUUCUACGACCUUGAAGGACCCUUCCAACACAACCCAUUUAGAAUUCUCUGGUUCUACGACCUUUAAGGACCCUUCCAACACAACCCAUUUAGAAUUCUCUGGUUCUACCAUCUUUAAGGACCCUUCCAACCCAACCUAUUUAGAAUUCUCUGGUUCCAUGACCUUUCAGGACCCUUCCAACCCAACCCAUUUAGAAUUCUCUGGUUCCACGACCUUGAAGGACCCUUCCAUUCCAACCCAUUCUAGAAUUCUCUGGUUCCAUGACCUUUAAUGUCCCUUCCAACCCAACCCACUUAGUAUUCUCUGGUUCUACGACCUUUAAGGACCCUUCCAACCCAACCCAUUUAGAAUUCUCUGGUUCCACGACCUUCAAGGACCUUUCCAAUCCAACCCAUUUAGAAUUCUCUGGUUCCAUGACCUUUAAGGACACUUCCAACCAAAUCCAUUUAGAAUUCUCUGGUUCCAUGACCUUCAAGGACCCUUCCAACCCAACCCAUUUAGAAUUCUCUGGUUCUACGACC